AUGAAGCAUUUUGAUUCCAUUAAGUUCCAUCACAUUCCACAAGAGGAUAACCAAUUAGCUCAUGCUUUGGCCACAUUGUCGUCAAUGUUUGAAAUUAGUCAAGAUGAGGAAAUGUUGAUGAUCAAAAUGAGGAGUUAUGAACAACCAACGUAUUGCUAUUUAGUAGAAGAAGAAUUAGAUGGUAAGCCUUGGUAUUUUGAUAUAAAGCGUUAUCUUAAGACCCGAGAAUAUCUUGAAACAGCUUCUGAGAAUGAUAAAAGAACCCUGAGAAGGUUAACUUCAAGUUUUAUUAUAAAUGUGGAUGUCUUGUAUAAAAGAAAUCAUGACAUGACCUAUGCAGAUAACAUUAAUAUAGCUCCUACAACCUUAAAUGUUCUAUCUGUACCAUGGCCAUUUGCGAUGUGGGGAAUAGAUGUUAUUGGAGCCAUAGAACCGAAGGCGUCAAAUGGACAUCGUUCAUUCUGGUUGCAAUUGACUAUUUCACCAAAUGGGUGA